GAAAAUUUACCGUUCUUUUUUUAAAUAAUAAUAAUGAUGAUGAAUACACUGCCGGUGGCGGUGGUGAGGGCGGAGCGAUCCAGUCAAAUCCGAUCUCGCCGUCGCGGGGGGAAAUGAGAACGGCGAAGAGCAACGCGGCUAGUCGGCAUCCGACCGUCAUCGCCAUCCUCCUCGCUGCGGCCCUCGUCUUCUCCGCUGUCGUCGUCUCCAUCCAGUCCUCCCUCUUCACCGGAACCCGGAUAUCGGUCGCCGACGGCCAGAUCCAAAUCCUAUCGGAUUUUCAGUCCACCGUCCAGCAAUGCGUGGCAAGCAGAGGACUUGGGCUUACUGCAGAAAUCAUUGACCACUGUAAAUUAGUCCUCAAAUUUCCGCAAGGCACCAACAGCACCUGGUAUAAUGCACAGUUUAAAAUUUUUGAGCCACUGGAGUACAAAUAUGAUGUUUGUGAAGCUAUUCUUCUCUGGGAACAGUAUCAUAACAUGACCACAGUCUUGACACGGGAAUAUCUGGAUGUUCGACCUGAUGGAUGGUUUGAUUAUGCUGCAAAAAGAAUUGCACAGUUGGGUGCAGAUAAAUGCUAUAAUCGGUCACUUUGCGAGGAACAUCUUAACUUAAUAUUACCUGCAAAGCCUCCAUUCUAUCCUCGCCAGUUCAGAACUUGUGCUGUCGUUGGGAACUCAGGGGACCUCUUAAAGACGGAAUUGGGGCAGGAGAUUGAUGAACAUGAUGCAGUAUUCAGGGAUAAUGAGGCUCCGGUAAAUGAGAAAUAUGCCAAAUAUGUUGGACUGAAAAGGGAUUUUCGCCUUGUUGUGAGAGGUGUUGCUCGUAACAUGGCUGCUAUUAUGAAUGGAUCUUCUGAUGAGGUGCUUAUAAUCAAGAGUGUAAUGCACAGAGACUUCAAUGCUAUGAUAAAGGAACUUCCCAAUCCUGUUUAUCUUUUCCAAGGUAUUGUUCUAAGAAGAGGUGCCAAGGGAACUGGAAUGAAGUCUGUGGAAUUGGCACUCUCCAUGUGUGACAUUGUCGAUAUAUAUGGGUUCACGGUAGAUCCUGGCUACACAGAAUGGACGCGUUACUUCUCGACCCCUAGGAAGGGGCACAACCCACUGCAAGGAAGGGCUUAUUAUCAACUUCUCGAAUGCCUAGGUGUCAUCAGGAUCCAUUCCCCCAUGAGAGCUAAGAGGAAGCAGGAUUGGUCCAAUGUGCCGGGCAAAGAACUCAAACGAACUGCUCAUGCUGCUGCAUUGCAUUUGAAACAGAAAGAAACUGGCCACAGAGGCGAUUUAGGACCCUUUGCUAACUGCAAGGUUUGGGGUUCUGCGAAACAAGAUGGUCCUGUGUCAGGGUCGCCCGACAUGGGUGACGUGCGCAAGAAUUCAAAUUAUAAUAAAUGGGAGCUCCUGCCAUUCGAGAGCUUGAGAAAGGAAGCUCGAGAACAUUAUGCACAAAUGAGCGGCGUUUCUCUUUACAAGAUGGAUGGGAACAAACUGGAUGAUCUUGUCUGUGUAAGGCACACAGGGAAAGCUGAAGCUCAAAGAUACAAAUAAAAGAUCAAGAUUCUGCUGGCGGUUGUCGGAUAUUGAGAACCAUACGUGGAAGACCAAGGGCAGUUAAGAGUUUUUUUCUUUUAGGGUACCAGUUAGACCUAUAUUCUGAGACAGACAUAACCGAAGCUGAACCGAUUAAAGACAGUCCUCUACGAGCAAGGAGAACCAAGUCGACGGCCACAAAGGAUGGAUUCCAACCGUGUAGGUGACGGAGUCCACGUCAGACGCGGUACGAUUACCGUCGGCCGGAGUAGCUAAUCUGAUCCCUCCCCUCGUCACCGGCGGCGAAGGGUCCGUAGGUCCCUGGCCGUAAAGCCUCAAGAAGUUGAGCGAAUCCACCCUCGGCUUCCCCACCUCUACGUUUCCCUCCAGCAUCCCCACCACCGCGGGCAUCGACGGCCGCAGCCUGGGCUCCUCAUGCAAGCAGCAAAGCGCGACCUUCACCACCCGCGCCACCUCCUCCUCCCUCACCCGCCCUUCCAACCUCGGGUCCGCCAGUUCCAGGUAUCUCUCCUCCUGGUGCCCCUCUAGCGCCGUCAGGGGGAAGUACUCCUCCUCCCCGGCCGACGACUCGCCCGACCAGCUCCCCUCCUGCUGCUGCUCCUCCUCGUUGCCCCUCGACAGGUUCUUUCGCCCCCGCACGAUCUCCAGCAGUACUAU